AUGUAUGUUGAAUUUUUUUCUAUUAAUAAAAUAUCGAUUAUUAAACUUUUCUUUUUUUGCUUUAGGGCUAAUACUCAUCCAUCAAUAAAAUGGAGUCAGAAAAAAGAUCAUAUUUUAUUAACAAUUGCUGUACAAGAUAUUGAUAAGCCUGAAAUCAAUAUUGAACCAACUAAAUUGCAUUUUAAAGGUCAACAAACAAAAGGAUCGAAUUAUGAUACAAUGCUUGAAUUUUUUGAUGAAAUUAAUCCAAAUACAUCAAAAUAUCGUAAUAUAAGUCAAAAUCAUUGGGAAUUUAUGCUUAAAAAGAAAGAUCCAAGCAAACCAUUUUGGAAACGAUUGAUUAAAUCUACAGAAAAAUGUUCAUGGAUAACUGUUGAUUGGAAUCAUUUUGCUGAUGAUGACGAAGAUAAUGAAAUGGGUAAUGCCGGUGGUCGAGAUUGGGGUAAUAUAGACGCAAUGCUUAAACAAAUGGGUGGUGGCGCAAGUGGUGGUGCUCCUGCUGCAACUGAUUUGAAUGAUGUCGAUGAUAAGGAAACAGAUAGUGAUGAUGAAUCAAUGCCUGAUCUUGAAGAUGUGUCAAACACAAACGAUGAAAAGGAUAAGCCUGCAACAACAACCACUUAA